AUGAGCAGCCAGAACAGAGGACGCAGAUCGGUGACGGGCAUCGCCGCCCCCUCCAACGAGAGCCUCGAGGAUCUCCUCAAGGCCCUGGAGCCCGAUGCCCAGCCCAGCGGCUACGCCACGCCCGCCGGCCAUUCCAAGAUCUCCACCUCGGAGCUGGAGGACCUGAUCGCUGGCCUGGACGACGUCGUCGUGGACCCCAGGCCCAGGCCCGCCCCCGCCGCAGCUGCGGCCCCCAAGCCGGCCAGCGGAGGCGACGACCUCGAGGACCUGCUCAAGGAGCUCGAGGGCGCGCAGGGUCCCCCUCCCUCUCGCCCCAGUGCCCCGGCCCCGGCCGCCGGCGUGCGCAACUCGUCGUUCGGGGCGCCCCCCGCCUCCGCCUCCUCCCAGCAGCAGCCCCGCCACUCGGUGGGCGACGUGGACGCCCUCCUCGACGCCACCCUCAACUCCCUCGAGUCCUCCUCCCCCUACGGCGGCGGCGGCGGCGGUCACCACCACCAGGCACAGGGUAGGUCGUCGUCGUCUGCGGGAGACGAUGGGUCGGGCAUGGACGCCAUCCUGCAAAACCUGAACUCGUCGCUCCACAACGACGCGUCGCCCAUCACCAAGGACAUCCUGAGCCUCUCCUCCCCGUCCGAGGGCACCCAGGAGCUCGCCCUCCGCAACAUCAUCAACUUCUGCCUCGAAGGUAAACCCAAUCGUAUUGUUGUGCGGCAGAAGGACGGCAUCCCGCCGAUCGCCAAGCUGCUCACCUCGGCCAACGCGGAGAUCCAGGCCCUUGCCGCCCAUGCCAUCGCCAACCUUUCCCUCCACGCCGAGAACAGGGCCGCGGUGCGCAACACGCGCGGUGCGAUCCAAUCGCUUGUACAGAUGCUCUCCUCGCGCGACGAAGCCGUCCAGGAGAAGGCCCUCACCGCCAUCGCCAACCUUUGCGUCGAUGACCCCACCAACAGGCAGGAGUUCCGCCGCGUGGGAGUCACCGAGAAGGUAGUGCUGGCCCUCUCCUCGAGCAGCGACGACGUUGUCAAGAGAGCCCUCACCGUCAUCGUCAACACCUCCUUCGAUGCCGACGCGCAGAAGGAGCUGGCCAGUUCGGGCGGCAUAUUUUCGAUCGUGCCCCUCCUCAACUCGCCCAACGUCGAGAAGCAGACCAACUCUGCGUGGGCGCUCGCCGCAUUGACCAUGGGCGGACCCGAGAUCCAGCAGGCCUUGUACGAAGCGGGAGCACUCCCCGCGUUCGUCAAGCUCCUCAACUCGGGCAACCCCAACGCAGAGCUGAAGGCUCUCACCGCCCUCGUCAACCUCUCCGGCAACGUUGAGUGCAGGACCAACGUCUUCCUGAACGGCGGCGUGCACCAGGUGGUCUCCGUCAUCCGGGAGGGCAACGAGGAGACGCUGCCCCACGCCCUCAGGGUGGUGAUCAACCUCACGGCCGACGCCAAGGUGAGGCGGGCGUUCGUCGACGAGGGCGCCAUUCCGCUGGUCGAGCGGUUCACGACCCGGGAGCCCGUCACCGCCCAGUGCGCCAAGCAGGCCCUCAACAACCUCAAGAUCCCCUGCUAG